GUUUUCAUUCAUAGGCGCCCACCAGCACCUAACUACUGCUAACUCACUCACCGACUCUCUUUCUCUCUCACACACUCCGAUCCCAUUUCCCUAGUCACUCUCCAAAGAAAGAAAUCAGGGUCGUUUGACAGCGGAGAAGAUGCAGAAUUGGUUCUCCGGCGGCACCACCGACGACGAUCAGAAGGCGUCGUCGUCUUUGCUGGCCGAUUGGAACUCCUACGCAUCCUCCCAGGAGCCCGCCGAUUCGGCCCUUUCCUUCGAUCUCGAAUCCGCAGUUCGGUCUGCAAACGACACCGUUUCCGGCACUUUCAGCGUGGUUUCUAAAGGUGUGAGAGAUCUACCAGGCAACUUCCAGUCUGCCACUAGUAGUGUUCCUUCUGGCAAGGCACUCGCGUAUUUUGGUUUGCUUUUAGGAAGUGGGGUCUUCUUUGUUUUCAUAGCGUUUACAUUGUUCCUGCCUGUCAUGGUGGUUAUGCCCCAAAAAUUUGCUAUAUGCUUCACUCUUGGAUGUGGAUUUAUUAUUGGAUCGUUCUUUGCUCUCAAGGGUCCAAAAUAUCAGCUUGCUCACAUGUUGUCAAAGGAGAGGCUUCCUUUCACAUUGGUUUUUCUAGGCAGUAUGAUUGGUACAAUAUAUGUAUCCAUGGUGGUUCACAGCUAUAUUCUCUCUGUGGUAUUCUCUGUGGUACAGGUUCUCUCACUUGGGUACUAUGCUAUAUCAUACUUUCCUGGUGGAUCUGCUGGGAUGAAAUUUCUGACUUCUGCUCUUACCUCCUCAAUAAUGAGAUGUUUUGGGAGGUGACCUGUUGAGGUCAGAUCUUUGUCCAUAUUGUAGUUGACUUGUAAAUUUUGUCUCCUGAGAUCUAUCAGCUGAAGCGUUAACCUGACCUACGAAUUUUUCCGAGUUGGAGCAUCAUGUAGCACUUUGUUACAGUUCAAUGCUUCGUUGCCAAAUGCCACAUCUGAAUGAAAAAAUUGAAUUGCCUCUUAUAGUUAAGUUUCUAAAUGCACAUUAACGUGGUCUGUUUGAUGUAGUUAGUGUUUAUUAUUUAUUAUUGAACAAUUAUUUUACUUUA